UGGAAGCAGCAGACCUUUACUGGGGGAAAGGAAGUGCUUGCCAUUGUUAGUGCCUGAGCUGGAAAAUUCUUUGAUCGAGGACAAGUCCACCAUGCCUGAAGUCAGAGACCUUUCAGAAGCCUUGCCGGAGACGCCCAUGGACCCCAUCACAGGCGUGGGGGUGGUGGCUUCGCGGAACCGCGCCCCGACAGGCUAUGAUGUAGUCGCACAGACGGCAGAUGGUGUGGAUGCUGACCUCUGGAAAGACGGCUUGUUUAAAUCCAAGGUUACCAGAUACCUGUGCUUCACAAGAUCAUUUUCCAAAGAAAAUAGUCAUUUAGGGAACGUGUUGGUGGACAUGAAGCUCAUUGACAUCAAGGACACUCUUCCUGUGGGCUUCAUCCCGAUCCAGGAGACGGUGGACACACAGGAAGUGGCUUUUAGAAAGAAGAGGCUGUGCAUUAAAUUCAUCCCCCGGGAUUCCACGGAGGCGGCGAUCUGUGACAUCCGGAUCAUGGGCCGGACCAAGCAGGCCCCCCCGCAGUACACGUUCAUUGGGGAACUGAACAGCAUGGGGAUCUGGUAUCGAAUGGGCAGAGUUCCAAGAAACCAUGACUCAUCUCAACCCACAACACCUUCCCAGUCGUCAGCUGCUUCCACCCCAGCCCCCAGCCUUCCCAGGCACAUCUCCCUGACGCUGCCCGCCACCUUCCGGGGCAGGAACAGCACGCGGGCUGACUACGAGUACCAGCACUCCAACCUGUACGCCAUCUCAGCAAUGGAUGGUGUGCCUUUUAUGAUUUCAGAGAAGUUUUCUUGUGUUCCAGAAAGUAUGCAGCCCUUUGACCUGCUGGGAAUCACCAUCAAGUCUCUGGCGGAGAUAGAGAAAGAGUAUGAGUACAGCUUCCGCACCGAGCAGAGCGCCGCCGCCAGGCUCCCGCCCAGCCCCACGCGCUGCCAGCAGAUCCCGCAGUCCUGAGGGCCCAGCUGCCUCCUGCCUCCUGCGGGGAGAAGACGCCUGGCCCAGC